AUGCAGCCUUUCGUCCUCGCAGCUCUCCUUGGCUCUGUCCUCGCACAGCAACCUACCGGAGGCCAACCCGGCGAGGAUCCCCAGAUGUGCGCCCAACGGUGCUGGACUGCCAUGAACAACUGCCGUGGCCAACCUGGAGCCAACCAAUCUACUUGCCAAUCCGACUAUGCCAACUGCCUCGGAUAUAACCCAGGACCAAAUGCCCAGGCUUCAGCUUGCAUCAACCAAGGUGGCCAAACCCCUACUACCACUCAGGGAGGUAUGCCUACUGGUAUGCCUGAUGAUUGUGCCAAGAGAUGCACCGACACAUACAACAGUUGCCGCAGCCAGCCUGGUGCUAAUCAGUCUACUUGCCGCUCUGAUUUCGCUAACUGCUUGGGUUACAACCCUGACAAUGACAACCCCAUGUGGUGCAAGAAAGAUGGCAUGCCCUCUGGCACCAUGUCCAACUGGCCCACGACAACAUGGCCUGUUCAGAUGGACGACUGUGCUAAGAAAUGCACUGAUGCCUACAAUACCUGCCGCAGCCAACCUGGUGCUAACCAGUCUACUUGUGCUUCAGACUAUGGUAACUGCCUGGGCUUCUCUCCCUUCGGACCAAGUGGUAUGAUGACUCCUACUGCAUGCUCUGCUACUGGUGUUACUCCCACUGGUACUGCUCCGUUGACCGCUGGUGGCGCUCAGCUGUCUCCUGCGUAUGCUGCUCUCUACGCUCUUGGGGUGUUGGCUUUGCUAUAA